CGAAAGCUAGAUCAGAUAAUUGCACGAUCCAAUUCCAUACUCAUCCAAAACACCCCAUCGUGCCACCGCAUCCAAAUCCAAUAAACGAGAAAAACAUUAUUGUUUGUGUUGUGUUGUGUAACUCUAUCUGACGGCCACGCUUCAUCACAACGCCAAUUCAACGCCACAAACACAAACACCCCUGGUGGUGUUUUCCACAUUUCUACGCUAUUCAUUCUAUCCAAUUUUAAAUAACAAUAUAAACGAAAAAAAAAAAACAAGAUAAACAACAAACACGGAAGAGCGGUUUUGUUCGGUUAAGGCACCAAACUCUAGAAUACAAGAACCUAUGCUUCAUAUCAUAAAUAAUCAACAUUAAAUUUAAAUAUUCAUUUCAUUUCUGCUACGAAGAUCCUAGAAAAUGUCGAAGCGUAUUUGGAUCGGGGAUUAGUAUUUCUAGGGUUUUGCUGCUUCCUAUUCAGAUUCGGAUUCCAUCGGAAAUGUCCGAAGCUAAUUCAACGCCCCGAAGCUCCGCUUAUCUCGUCGCUCUCUCUCAAGCGAUCCACAAGAAGCUCCAGCGGGCGCUGGCUAAUUCCUCUCAAAGGCGCAAUUUGUUGCAGGAGCUGUUUGCAGACAUAGCUUUAGAAGUGGAUGACCGAGCCAAAGAUGUAAUUGUCAACAAGGAAGAAGAUAUCAUUUCUCCUGCGGAGGAUGUCAAUGAUGGUCUGUUAUGUUUCUAUGAUGUGCUUGCUGAUUAUUUUGUGCGAGUGCCUGAUAGUGGAAAACCUAUCCUUGACUUGAUUGUCCAACUCUGGAGCCAAUCAUUUGCUUCACAUAUAUUUGCCCUCCUGUUUCACAAAUGGUUAUUUGAAGCUCAUCUUGAUGAUCACGAAGUUCUCCUCCGGUAUUCAUCUGCUCUGGUUCAAGGCGCCACAAAUGUUUUCUGGAUUGACAUACAAACAAAUACAAGGCGAUUCCAGUCUCUAUUCCGUUACCUUUUGGCAGAUGUUGCAUUAGACCACACUCGAUUGAAUAAAAUUCCUGUCCAGGCUCAGCGAGAUAUGUAUCUUAUGCUCUCGAGAUUCAUUCUAUUUUACAACUCAGCUGACAAAAUAGAUAGCUUCUUGAAACAAUGUCCUGUUUUCCCAACUGCUUUCUUUGUUGGCAGUCCAGCAGAUAUAUUUGUCACUGAACUCACUGAUCAGCUUCUAAAGUUAAAGGUGGAACCGGUGCUGCUUCAUUACCUUUCAGAAAUUAAGGUCCUUCAGGGCAUGGAAUUGAGAAUGACUACAAGUACGCGAUUGAAAAGUUGUCUAUAUAGCUUUACUUCUCCUGGUGGUCCAAUGUAUCCCACUAGAGCUGUUCGUCAUGCUGCCUGGGAAGCAUUAGAUUUGCUCUUUCCGGUGGGACGUUACCCUCGGCAUCUGAUAAGCUUGUUCUUCAGGUUGCUGUAUCCGUGGUAUUGGCCCUCAUCCUGUUGGAACUUUACGAUUUCUUGCAUACAGGCAAUCUUUUACUCCUUGCUGAGGCUGGUAUUUUCUACGUGGGAAAAGAUUGCCAAGCCAAAAUCACCAUAGAUUCCCACUUUUGAGAGUAUUUUAUAUACAUCAUAGAAAUAUCGCAUCAUCUCUUGCCAGCCAGCGUGAGUGCCUAGCGCAGUGACCCUCUGAUUAUUUUUGUUGUCGCGAGGGGCUAUUUGUGUACAAACAAGCUUGUUAAUGUUAUGUAUAUUUUGUUCG